UAUAAAGGGUGGCACUGAGCUAUUUUAGAAGCAGUUUCAAAUAGUGCCAGCCAGCCGCUGAGUUUGCUCCUCCGUCAUGCAGCUCGCGCUCGGCGUGAAAGCCUCACUGGCAGCUGUCUCGUUGCUCGUAGCCGUUGCCUAUUGCCACGACGGCCAACAUUCCAAGAUCGACGGGAUAAGGGCGUCCAAUUCGGAUGUCGAGGAUUGCGCCCAGAAGCACAAAAUUGACCGAAUGACGCUCGCCGAGCUGAAGAAGAACAAGACCUUCACCGGGACUCCGGACACAGAAUGCUUCGCCGGCUGCGUGUUGAGAAGAUGCGGAAUCAUGCUGGCCGACGGCACGAUCAACCGAGAUUUCGUCGAGUCGGAGAUCGCCUCCGAGUGCAAAAACAAGUUUAUCGCGUUCGGCAAGGAGGAGUGCGAGAUUGCGGCGCUCAUUUUGACCUGCCUCACCCAGAAGAGCAUCGUUGUUUUCUCGAAGGACUGACGUCCCUCAAGAAUUCUCUCUCGCUCGAUGUACCAGAAAGAUGUCUUUUCUUUUGGUUUCGUACUGUUAUCUAAAAUAGAAAUAAAGUGACUAUCAAAAACCA